AUGAAUUGCCAAUAUCAUAAUCUAUGUCCAAUUAUUUCAGUAUGUAUUUCACCUCACAAAUGCUAAUUUUAAAGAAAAUUGUGUUUUAAAUGCCUUUAUGCUCAUGGAGUAGAUCUCAAACAAACAAUACCAAUUGACAAUUUUCAAGAAAAGGCUUAAAAAAAAUUACAAGACUUAAAUGCUGAUCAGAAUGAAGAAUUAAUCCAAUAAAAGCUGGCUUUUAAAUCCAUCCUCUCAUAAACUCAAAAUACACUAAAAAAUAUUUGGGAUGUUUUAUAUGAAUCAAUCAAUUAAAUAUUUGAAAUUAUUGAAAAGGAAAAUAAUUCAUAUAUCAAUUUAAUUAGCUUAAAUCCUAUAGAAUCCUCCAUUACUGAACUAGAAUAAUUAGUCUCCAUUGUAGAUGGACCAAAAUUAAAUGAUUGGUGUUUUUAGAAGACUUAAUAUUUGAUGGAAUUAAAAUAGAUAAUUUAUUUGUGGGAAAAAGAAAUUUAGGUUUUAGUUGAAAAGUCGAAUGAAAAAAUGGAAAAGAUUUAGCAAAUAUUAACUUAGUAAGUUUUAAAAUCUUAUUCUAGGAUUGAAGGCUGUAAUUAACCAUAUGUGAGGAAGGAAGAUCUAUGCCAAAUUUUAAAUUCUAUUUGGGAUAUUGAUGAAUCAAUAUUUAAGGGAAUAAUUGAUAUAGUGAGAAAAGAGAAAAUUUAAAAUAUUAUUGGAUUUAUAUCGAAGCCAUUAAAUCCACAAAUUUAUGGAUCAUUUGUCAAUUAGUAAUAGACAAUUGAUGAUGUUAAAAGAAAAAUUAUGAAUAUCGCUUAUGCUUUAAGGAAUAUUUUAGAACACCAAUUUAGUAAACAUGACUAUACAAACGAAGCCUAUGAAAAAGAUAGGCUCAACUUAAUAAUGAAUCUAGAAAGUAAUAAGAAUUUCAUUAAUUUUCUAAAGUUUUUAGUUCAACUUACAGCAAUAGAUAACCAAUUUAUAUAGAGUGGCUCUAAUGCAUUUAAUUUAUUGGUAAGUAUGAAAGUAGAUCUGAAAAAUCAAUGCUUAGAGAAUAUUAAGAUCAAGAAUACUGCUUUAACUGAUGGAAAUUUUGUCGGAUGUAACUUUAGUGGAUCUGAGCUUGAAAAUGUAGACAUUAGUGGCGUCAAUUUUAAUGGAGCUCUACUGCUAAAUUGUUAGUGGAAGAACAUUUAAAUUAAUGAAUUGAACACAUUAAAUUUAAAUAGUUAUGUGAACUCAGUAUGUAUUUCACCUGAUGGAACAAAAUUAGCUUCUGGCAGUGGAGAUAAGUCGAUUCGUUUAUGGGAUGUGAAGACAGGUUAAUAAAUAGCGAAAUGGGAUGGUCAUAGUAAUUCUGUUUUCUCAGUAUGCUUUUCACCUGAUGGAACUUCAUUAGCUUCUGGCAGUGGAGAUAAAUCUAUUUGUUUAUGGAAUGUGAAGACAGGUUAAUAAAGAGCGAAAUGGAAUGGUCGUAGUAAUUCUGUUUUCUCAGUAUGCUAUUCACCUGAUGGAACUAAAUUAGCUUCUGGCAGUGGAGAUAAGUCUAUUCGUUUAUGGGAUGUGAAGACAGGUUAAUAAAUAGCGAAAUGGGAUGGUCAUAGUAAUUCUGUUUUCUCAGUAUGCUUUUCACCUGAUGGAACUACAUUAGCUUCUGGUAGUGGAGAUGAGUCUAUUUGUUUAUGGGAUGUGAAGACAGGUUAAUAAAGAGCGAAAUGGAAUGAUCAUAGUAAUUCUGUUUUCUCAGUGUGCUUUUCACCUGAUGGAAUUACAUUAGCUUCUGGCAGUGGAGAUAAGUCUAUUUGUUUAACGAAUGUUGAGACCGGAGAAUAAAAAGUCAAAUUGGUCGGUCAUACUAAUUAUGUCAACUCAGUUUGCUUCUCACCAAAAGGAGAUACUUUAGCAUCUUGUGGUAUAGAUAAGUCUAUCCGUAUAUGGGAUGCUAAGACAGGAUAACAAAGAGGAGAAAUUGAUGGUCAUAUUGAUUAUGUACGAUCAAUAUGUUAUUCACCAGAUGGAACUAUAUUAGCAUCUGGUAGUUUUGAUUAGUCUAUCUGCCUAUGGGAUGCUUAAAUAGGAUAAUAAAUGGUCAAACUGGAUGGCCAAAACAAUACUGUAUGGUCGAUAUGCUUCUCACCAGAUGGAACUAAAUUAGCAUCAGGUAGUAGCGAUAAAUCUAUUUGUCUAUGGGAUGUUUAGACUGGUUUAUAAAAAAUUAAAAUGAAUGGUCAUAGUGAUUACGUCAGAUCUGUAUGCUUUUCACCAGAUGGAACUACAUUAGCAUCUGGUAGUUAUGAUAACUCUAUAUGUUUAUGGGAUGUUUAGAUAGGUUAAUAAAAAGGUUAUUUAAAUGGUCAUGUUGGUUUUGUUCUAUCAGUAUGCUUCUCACCAGAUGGAACUAAAUUAGCAUCAGGUAGUAGCGAUAAAUCUAUUUGUAUAUGGGACGUUAAGACUGGUUAAUAAAAAGUUAAAAUGAAUGGUCAUAGUGAUUACGUCAGAUCUGUAUGCUUUUCACCAGAUGGAACUACAUUAGCAUCUGGUAGUAACGAUAACUCUAUCCGUUUAUGGAAUGUGCAGACAGGAUAAUUAUAAGCUCUAAUAAAUGGCCACUCUAAUUAUGUCCUCUCUGUAUGCUUCUCACCAGAUGGCACUACAUUAGCUUCUGGUAGUGUAGAUAAGUCUAUCCUUUUAUGGGAUGUUAAGACAGGAUUAUAAAAAGCUAAAUUUGACGGUCAUACUCAUUAUGUUAUUUCGGUAUGCUAUUCACCAGACGGAUCUAUAUUAGCAUCUGGUAGUUAUGAUAACUCUAUCUGUUUGUGGGACUUGUAGAGAGGAUAAUUAAAAGCCAGACUGGAGGGUCACUCUAAUUAUGUCCUUUCUAUAUGCUUCUCCCCUGAUGGAACUAUAUUAGCUUCUGGUAGUGAAGAUAAGUCUAUCCUUUUAUGGGAUGUUAAGACAGGAUUAUAAAAAGUCUUUCUGGAGAAUCAUGAUAAUGAUCUCUGGCCGAUAUGCUUUUCGCAAGAUAGAAAUACUUUAGCUUCUCAAAGUUGGAAUAAUACGAUUCGUUUAUGGGAUGUUAAAACAGGAUUUGAAAUAGAAUCUUAAGAUAAAAAUUAUCAAGCUCUUAUUGCAUAAUUUGAUAUACCUUUAAAUUCUAACAAUCCUCUUGUUAAAGAUUUUUAUUAUAAUUAUUCAUAAAGAAGCCUCUUUCCCAAUCUAUAAAUUUCCUAAAUUAGAAAAAUUUAAGCAAAAGGAGCUCUGAUUCUUAAAGGAGAAUUUAUGAAUUAUCAAGGUUAUGAUUUAAUAUAAUUAUUAAAAUCGAAAGGAAGUUAUUUUUUAGAAGAAAUAUUAGAGAAAAACGAUUGA